GUCCCAGUGUCGCUUCCAGGACACCAGUAGCCCCUCAGUGCAGCGUGGCCAGAGCCCCCACCCCAAGCCACCACCAUGCCGUUCGGCAACACCCACAACAAGUUCAAGCUCAACUACAAGCCUGAGGAGGAAUACCCGGACCUCAGCAAGCACAACAACCACAUGGCCAAGGUCCUGACCCCUGACCUCUACAAGAAGCUGCGUGACAAGGAGACCCCAUCCGGCUUCACCCUGGAUGACGUCAUCCAGACUGGAGUGGACAACCCAGGGCACCCCUUCAUCAUGACCGUGGGCUGUGUGGCUGGGGAUGAGGAGUCGUACACCGUGUUCAAGGACCUCUUCGACCCCAUCAUCCAGGACCGCCACGGGGGCUACAAACCCACCGACAAGCACAAGACCGACCUCAACCAUGAGAACCUCAAGGGUGGGGACGACCUGGACCCCAACUACGUGCUCAGCAGCCGUGUGCGCACCGGCCGCAGCAUCAAGGGCUACACGCUGCCCCCACACUGCUCCCGCGGUGAGCGCCGGGCAGUGGAGAAGCUGUCUGUGGAAGCCCUCAACAGCCUGACGGGCGAGUUCAAGGGGAAGUACUACCCCCUGAAGAGCAUGACGGAGCAGGAGCAGCAGCAGCUUAUCGACGACCACUUCCUGUUUGACAAACCUGUGUCCCCACUGCUGCUGGCCUCUGGCAUGGCCCGUGACUGGCCCGACGCCCGUGGCAUCUGGCACAACGACAACAAGAGCUUCCUGGUAUGGGUGAACGAGGAGGAUCACCUGCGGGUCAUCUCCAUGGAGAAGGGGGGCAACAUGAAGGAGGUUUUCCGCCGCUUCUGCGUGGGGCUGCAGAAGAUUGAGGAGAUCUUCAAGAAGGCCGGCCACCCCUUCAUGUGGAACGAGCACCUGGGCUACGUGCUCACCUGUCCGUCCAACCUGGGCACCGGGCUGCGCGGGGGCGUGCACGUCAAGCUGGCGCAUCUCAGCAAGCACCCCAAGUUCGAGGAGAUCCUCACGCGCCUGCGCCUGCAGAAGCGAGGCACAGGGGGCGUGGACACGGCCGCCGUGGGCUCCGUGUUCGACAUUUCCAACGCCGACCGGCUGGGCUCGUCCGAGGUGGAGCAGGUGCAGCUGGUGGUGGACGGCGUGAAGCUCAUGGUGGAGAUGGAGAAGAAGCUGGAGAAGGGCCAGUCCAUCGACGACAUGAUCCCCGCGCAGAAGUAGGAGCUGCGCCC